CCGGGGCGCAUCGCCUUCCAGCCGGAGGUGUCUCCAACAUCCGGCUGUCCGUCCGUCCGUUCCCCCCCUCCCCCGCCCCGGGGCCGGAACUGACCAUGCCCAGCGGCUGCCGCUGCCUGCACGUCGUGUGCCUGCUGUGCAUCCUCGGGGCAGCCGGUCAGCCGGCCAGAGCUGAUGACUGCAGCUUGCACUGCGACCUGGGCCACGGCUGCUGCGCCCCUGACGGCUCCUGCAGGUGUGACCCAGGCUGGGAGGGGCUGCACUGUGAGCGCUGUGUGAGGAUGCCGGGCUGCCAGCACGGUACCUGCCACCAGCCCUGGCAGUGCAUCUGUCAGAGUGGCUGGGCAGGCAAGUUCUGUGACAAAGAUGAGCACAUCUGUACCUCACAGUCCCCCUGCCAGAAUGGGGGCCAGUGCGUGUAUGAUGGGGGCGGCGAGUACCACUGUGUGUGCCUGCCAGGCUUCCAUGGGCAUGACUGCGAACGCAAGGCCGGACCCUGUGAGCAGGCGGGCUCCCCAUGCCAGAAUGGCGGGCAGUGCCAGGACAACCAGGGCUUUGCCCUCAACUUCACAUGCCGCUGCUUGGCAGGCUUUGUGGGUGCCCGCUGUGAGGUGAACGUAGACGACUGUCUGAUGCGGCCUUGUGCCAAUGGCGCCACCUGCCUGGACGGCAUAAACCGCUUCUCCUGCCUCUGCCCCGAGGGCUUUGCUGGACGCUUCUGCACCAUCAACCUGGAUGACUGUGCCAGCCAGCCAUGCCAGAGAGGGGCUCGCUGUCGGGACCGCAUCCAUGACUUCGACUGCCUCUGCCCCAGUGGCUACGGUGGCAAGACUUGCGAGCUUGUCUUACCUGCCCCAGGUCCUGUCACCAUGACGGACACCCCCCUAGGACCCACCUUGGCUAUGGUGGUGCCUGCUACGGGGCCGGCCCUGCACAGCGCGGGGGCAGGCCUGCUGCGGAUCUCAGUGAAGGAGGUGGUACGGAGGCAAGAAGCCGGGCUGGGUGAGUCUAGCCUGGUAGCCUUGGUGGUGUUUGGGGCCCUUACGGCGGCCCUGGUCCUGGCUACUGUGUUGUUGACCCUGAGGGCCUGGCGCCGGGGCAUCUGCCCCCUUGAACCCUGUUGCUACCCAGUCCCACACUAUGCGCCAGCCCGGCAGGACCAGGAGUGCCAGGUGAGCAUGAUUCCAGCGGGAUUCCCCCUGCCACCUGACCUGGCCCCCGAGCCUGGAAAGACCACAGCACUGUGACGUGGCUGGGGUCUUUCUGGCCCCCUUCCUCACCUCCUCCACACCUCAGACUGGAGCAGUCCUUGCUCACCACCCCUCCACUCGAGAGACGCACCGAGGCGACUUCAGCCUCA